CAAAUCUAUUUACGAGUUAACGACGACGUGUCUAUCAAUCAUUGCGAUAUUAUUGCCGUUGCGAAAAGUCAAACCAAAUAUAUAUGUUAAGAAUUUAAUCUAAUAAAUAAAUAUAUAACAGUAUAAAUGUCUUUCACAAUGAAUAAGUUGGUAUUAAUUUUAUUUUUAUUUUCUUAUAUCUUGGAACCAGGAUUAGCGAUGACGAGGGCUCAGUUGAAAAAGACGAUGACUAUCAUGAAGAAUCAGUGCAUGCCUAAACAUAAUGUUAACAAUGACAAAGUCGGACAGAUUGAACAAGGAGUUUUCAUAGAAGAUCAUGAUGUGAUGUGCUACAUUGCUUGUAUCUAUAAAACUAUUCAAGUGGUAAAAAAUAAUAGAUUGGACAAGGAUUUGAUUUCAAAACAAAUAGAUGCUCUUUACCCCCCAGAAUUAAAAGAGUCAACUAAAGAAGCAGUCUCCAAGUGCAUAAAGGAGCAGGCGAAGUACGAAGAUCCUUGUGCAGGUAUAUUUUACGCCUGCAAAUGUUUAUAUGAAGAUAAUCCAAGCGGCAGGGGAAUGGAUCGGAAAGAAUUGUGUUUGUUGAUACUUGUUACGAUUUUAGCAAGCGGUACCGAUGCUAUGACCAGGCAACAGAUUAAAAAUUCAUCAAAAAUGCUGAAGAAAAAUUGCAUGGGGAAAAAUGACGUCACGGAGGAUAUGGUGGGUGAAAUAGACAAAGGGAAAUUUAUAGAAGACAAAAAUGUUAUGUGUUACAUCGCCUGUAUCUAUCAGAUGUCGCAGCUUGUUAAAAACAACAAAUUAAACUAUGAAGCUUCAAUUAAACAAGUGGACCUGAUGUUCCCCCCUGAUAUGAAAGAGGCAAUGAAGGCUUCCAUUGAAAAUUGUAAAGAUAUUUCCAAGAAGUAUAAAGAUAUCUGCGAGGCUUCUUACUGGACGGCGAAAUGUAUAUAUGAUGACAAUCCUAAGAAUUUCAUAUUUGCGUAAUGUAAAAACACGUUGCUCACUAUAUCACUGUUUAAAUUUUCCGACUUCUGUC